AUGUCUGCCGUCGACAGCUCGAGCGCAAAUGUAUCCGUUGAUUGCGACGCCCUCAUCGUCGGAGCCGGCCUCAGCGGCAUUUCAGCCAUGCACAGGCUCCGUAAGCUCGGGUUGAAGACCAAGGCUUUCGAGGCUGCGCCCGACUUUGGUGGUGUCUGGUUUUGGAAUCGUUAUCCUGGCGCUCGUGUUGACUCGGAGACACCCUUCUACCAGUUGAACAUCCCAGAAGUCUGGAGAAGCUGGACUUGGUCUUGCCGUUAUCCCGACCAGAAGGAACUACUGGCAUACGUUCAACAUUGUGACCAGGUUUUACAAUUAAGAAAAGAUGUUUACUUUGAUGCCGAGGUGGUGGAUGCACGCUAUAGCAAGGAGCUGGGUACCUGGACUGUCAAGACUGCCAGGGGCCAUGUUGCAACGGCCAAGCACCUCAUUCUGGCCACGGGCUUACUCCACAAAAGCCACUCUCCGGCCUAUCCAGGGCUGAGCGAAUUCGCCGGGCGCGUCUAUCAUUCGAGUGCCUGGCCAGAGGGGAUCGGUGCCAAGGGCCAGAAGGUUGCAGUCAUCGGUGCCGGGGCCACAAGUAUUCAGAUUGUCCAGGAGCUGACCAAGGAAGCUGACCAGCUGACGGUGUUUAUGAGAAGACCCAGCUAUUGUCUGCCCAUGCGCCAACGACCCAUGGACAAGAACGAGCAGGCGGCUUGGAAGGCGUACUAUCCAAAACUGUUUGAAGCGAGUCGUGACUCCCGAGCUGGCUUCCCUAGCCAGUCCCCGUCUUGCAGUAUCUUCGACGUCGGCGACGAGGAGCGGGAGGCGUAUUUCGAAGAGUUGUGGGAACACGACGUCCUGGUCGAUAAGCGAGCCAACCGGGUGGUGUAUAAUUUCUGGGCCAAGAAGACUCGAGCACGUCUCUCCGACCCGACCAAGAGAGAUCUCAUAGCUCCCCUUGAGCCAGUUUACUGGUUCGGCACCAAGCGUUGCCCACUGGAGAAUGAUUACUACGAGAUGCUGGAUCGGCCGAAUGUUGAGAUUGUCAAUCUCAAGACAUCGCCCAUUUCCGCUUUCACGAAGACGGGCGUGCGCUUGAGUGAUGGAUCCGAGCGGGCAUUCGACAUGGUUGUGCUUGCAACGGGGUUUGACAGCUUCACAGGCUCGCUCACGAGCAUGGGCCUAAAGAACAAGGAUGGAAUUGAUAUAAAGCAAGUGUGGGAAGAUGGAAUCUCUACUUACAUGGGAAUCUUCUGUCAUGGAUUCCCAAACGCCUUCUUCAUCGCCACUGCUCAAGCCCCAACGGCCCUUUCAAAUAAUCCCACGAUCAUAGAAACGCAAGUGGACCUGCUCGCAGAGGCCAUCGCCAAGCUGGAGGCUGAGGGGGGCAAGUCGGUCGAGGCUACGACAUCGGCAGAGGAGGGCUGGGGGCAAUUGAUCACCCAAAUGAACGAGCACACGCUGUUUCCUUUGACGGACUCGUGGUGGACACGAGGUAACAUUCCUGGGAAGAAAGCGCAGCCCUUGACUUUUCUCGGUGGCAUCAAUCUGUAUGAGCAGAUAUGCCGAGAGAAAUUGCAGGAUUGGCAUGGCUUUGAAGUGGUCAUACCCUAGGAUAUCGACAGUUGGGAGCAUCGAGAUGUAGUCUUAGGCCUGUCCAAGAACAAAGCGUGUGUAGCGGUGGAAAGUCUCUGGGAGGAGGCAAAAGUGGGAUGAUGGAGGUCGACGGCGGCUGAAAGCUACGCCAAUCAGUGCCCGGGGCCCCGCCCAUAGCCUCGGCAUGGAAUGC